AUGUUCAGAGAAAACUAUGCUAAGGUUGUGAGCCAAAAUAAGAGGUGGAACGAUCUGCAUGCUCCAGCUGGGAAGCAGUUCGAGUGGAGUGACGAUUCGACCUACAUCACUAAUCCGCCUUUCUUCGCUAAGACUGAGCUCACCCCGACUCCUCUAGAGUCUAUCAAAGAUGCUUACUGUUUGCUCAACCUCGGUGACUCGAUCACUACAGACCACAUCUCGCCCGCUGGGAAGAUCACUGCUGAUUCACCUGCUGGUCGCUAUCUGAUCGAGCACGGAGUGGAGCCUAAGGAUUUCAAUUCGUAUGGUAGCCGUCGUGGCAACUACCUUGUUAUGGCUCGAGGGACGUUUGCUAAUAUUCGUCUUGUGAACAAACUGAUGGAUGGGGAGGUUGGUCCGAAGACUGAGUACGUCCCAACAGGGGAGAAGAUGUAUGUUUAUGAUGCUGCUGAGAAGUAUAUGGAUAAUGGAAAACCGUUGGUGAUUCUGGCUGGCUCGGAAUACGGCAGCGGUUCGAGUCGAGACUGGGCUGCUAAGGGCCCGAGCCUUCAGGGAGUUAAAGCGGUCAUUGCUAAGAGCUACGAGAGAAUUCAUAGAUCUAAUCUGGUUGGUAUGGGUAUACUUCCUCUACAAUUCCCGGAAGGAGUUGAUGCUGAUACUCUCGGUCUUGACGGCCGCGAGCGCUACUCUAUUGAUAUCAAUGGUGGUGAUUUGACGGUCGGGCAGAUGUUGACAGUGCGAACGACCAACAGCAACGCACCAGCCUUUGAAGUUCUCGUGAGAUUGGAUACUGAAGUCGAACUUACAUACUUCAAGCAUGGUGGCAUACUGCAGUAUGUUCUACGCAAGUUGGCCUCUAGCGGAUGA